CGGCUGGCAACAAGGAAGAACCCAACUUGCGCCCUCGAGCUUGCGAUGUUUAUGUUUGUCUCCGUGCGAAGUUGCCGAAAAUGUUACCGUCUUCGGGUUACUUCAAGAGCAUAAUCUGCCCGUUUUACGCGUCCGGCUUGUGCGAGCGACCACACUGCCACUUUCGCCAUGUUAAGAAAGACGCUGGUCGACCGAGCGCCGCGUUGGAGCAGGGCACCGUACCCGCUUCUUCCGAAGAUCAGAGUCAGCUGCUGCAGUGCGUCAACGACGCGCUGCAGAAAGUCCAGCAAGACAUGGUGGCCGUCAGCAAGCUGGGAUCGACGCCUCAAGCCGUCGCGUACGUUCCGACGCCCGUGGGGAAGUGUCCCACGCGCAGGCCCGCGGUACCCGAACAGAAACGUUACAUCCCGGCGCAGAGCGUUCCCGAGUACCGUCCGACGCCGCUGUCCGAGCUCCGGAGGAGGCGAGCGGGCGUUCUGGGAGCGGCGCAGAGGGCCAGUCCGCCUUUGGCCAAGAAGAGACGCGAAGAAGGCUCGAGUACGCCGUUGGCAACCGCCCCGACGACGAUCCCUACGAUCCCGUCUUGCAAGUCUUCCGCGCCGACGGUGAAAAGUGAAACCAGUGACCCCUGCCAGUCCAACGGGAAGACUCCUGCCGACGAAGACGACGAUUCGGAAAGUCAGGACGCGGGUUUUCCGCUUGUCCGUGAGGAAGAAGACGCCAUCAUCAAGAUGAAGAACAAACGAAAUCUGCAGGCAUCCAUUGACACCCCUUCCCAUCUUUCUAAGGGGACCCUCCAACCUCCAGUUGCAGACGACACGUCUCUACCUUCAAAGGACACGAAGGACAUUCCUUCAAAGACCAGCAGUCUGCCUCCUUCGCCCGUAGACGACGCGUCAGUAAUGUCGCAGGACCCGACUUCGACAGCGAACGACGCCCUCCCACCGCCGAAGGACACCACACCACCCUUGGAGGAUCCCAUCCUCGUCAAAAAUAAGGAGCCGCCCGAGUCGUCGGCGUUGUCCGCUUCCGCCGAAAGCAAGGACGCAGACGGCACGAAAGAGGAUGGACAGAGCAAAGCCCACUUGGACGCCAAGUCAGUGUCUAAAAACAGCAGCAGCCGGAGCAGACACUCGUCUUCCAAGGAGAAGUCGAAGCAUGCCUCUUCGAAAUCCAGUCGACAUCGGUCGAGCCACAGCUCUCAUCGGUCCAGUUCAAGCAAGGGACACAGCAGCACAAAGGACAAGACCGCCGGCGCGUCCAAGUCCAGCACAGACAAGAACGAGAAGAAGGAAAAGUCAGACUCGGAGAAGACAGCGACGGACAAGAGGAGUUCCUUGGACAACCACAAGGACGGAAAAAGCCACGGCGGGUCUUCGACGAAAACAAAGUCUUCGUCUUCGAGAAGCUCGUCGAAACACCACAAAAGCAGCCACCACAAGAGCUCUACGUCGUCGUCCAAGCGUUCUCAUUCGUCGCACGGGUCGAGCUCGCGCAAAGAUUCGUCCGCCGACAAAAAGAAGAGUAAGAGUCGGCGAUCGAGCGAUGGCAAGGAAGCCUCCGAGUCGAAGGCAAAGGACGGCAGCGUGUGCAACGGGUCGGCCGACGAAUCGGUGCUUCGGCCGGCCGAUGAGGAUGUGUCGAAGGACAAUGGAGAUGGUGUGGACAGCAGGUUCAGCCUCGAGUGGGAGCUGGACUCGGACGACGACGAGACCUACGAGGAGUGUCUUCGGAUUUUCAACGAGGUGCAGGCAGUGGGCGACCAACCCGUCAGUGCUUUGCAGCAGAAGAAGAAGACGCAGACAUCUUGCGAGCCGGCCGUCCCGACCAAGCAAAGGGUGGCCCACGAUCCGGACCUGACUCGACGGCAAGAUGCGCAGAGGGGUCUGAGUGCCCACAUCUCGGCAGCACAGGCGAUGCACAACCGCUUUGCGCAGCUGCAGAAGCGCUAUCAAGACCAGGCGUCCAAUGGGCAUCAGCCGGGCGCCUUUGUCUCGUCGGUGAUGAAAGCCCAGGAAGGCAGCCAGAAGCGGAUAGCCCACGUGCCCAACGCACCUCUGCUGGCCGCGGCCCGCAAGAACGCCACGGUGGUCACCAACACCUUCACGGUGGCGUCCCAACCGAAAGGGCAGCGGCGUUUGGCCCACGUUCCCGCCUUGGUGCUGUCCAAGCGGCCCACCAUUCCCGCCGAGUACGGCAGCAGAGUUCCGGUGGUCGUGCGGCAACGAUACCUCAACCUCUUCGUCGACGAAUGCGCCAAGAGCAGCACGACCGAGGAAGAGGCGAUCGAAAAGGCGCUGUCGGAGGAGAAGCAGACGUACGAGCGCAGCUCCAACAAGUCGGUCUACCUGAACGUGGCGGUGAACACGCUGAAGCGGCUGCGCAGGGAAGCGGCCGCGCAGGCGGAGGCGGCCUCGGUUGGAGAGACUUCAACGUCUGCGCCGGACUUGCGGCCUCAGGGGGCCAACAAGGUGGUCUCGCACGCGCUCGUGCUGCAGGGGGCCCUCGGAGCGCGCACGAGCUUCAGCAUCGAGAAGAACCGCUACAAGAAACCCGCCGUCGAGCUCACGGCGUCGCGGCUUUACUCCCUCCUCGAGCCGUACCACCUGACGCCGGAGCAACUCGAAGAGCACAACUACCCGCUGCCACAUCCCAUGGAACCUGGCCGAGCCGUCUUCAAAGGGGUCAGCGACGGCAGGAAGUACUCCAAGCACGGGGAGCCCACGCUGCACUGCAGCCGUUGCGGUGCCAGCUUUUCCCUGACGAAGGAGGGGAGCUACGUGCGGCCCGAGGAGUGCGUCCACCACUGGGGUCGCCUCUGGAAGAAGAGGAUUGCGGGCAGCCUGGAAAGCCGGUACAGCUGCUGUGAGGGGGACUCCCAGUCGGACGGCUGUUGCGUCGCAAAAGGUCACGUCCACGAGGGUUACGACCCCAGCACGCUCACGGGGUUUGUCCGCACCCUCGCCAAGAGUCCCUUGCGGGGAGGCAACCCCGGCGUCUACGCUCUCGACUGCGAAAUGUGCUACACGACGGAGGGCGUGGAGCUCACGCGAGUGACGGUGGUCGGCUGGGACCUGCGGCCCGUGUACGAAACCCUCGUCAAGCCCGCCAACCCCAUCCUCGACUACAACACAAGGUUCAGCGGCAUUACGGAGGAAGACAUGGACCGGGUGCAGACGACCAUCCGGGACGUCCAGGCCGUCCUCCUCUCCCUCUUCUCGGACCAGACGGUGUUGCUCGGUCACAGCUUGGACAGCGAUCUCAAGGCCCUCAGGCUGGUGCACAGUUGUGUCGUGGACACGGCAGUGGUGUUUCCUCACCGGAGAGGCCUCCCGUACAAGCGUGCGCUGCGGACGCUCAUGGCUGAACACCUCAACAAGAUCAUCCAAAAUGGCGUGGACGGUCACGACAGCCAAGAGGAUGCAGUGGCUUGCAUGGAGCUCAUGAUCUGGAAGGUGAAGGAGGACCUGAAGAGGAAUCGAUGACCGGCGUUCAUCCCCCACUUCAUCGUCGUAUUUAUUUAAAGCGGGAGGAGCGGCACCAUCUGUGCUCUGCUGGACAGGUCACAGGUUGCCAGCCGCACUCUAACCAAAGGCUUAAAUAAAAAUAAAUAAAAAACAUUGCGAAUUAUUAUAAUUUCAGGAUCGCCGGAGGUCGUCGUUUGUGCACCGUGGUGCAAGUCUGGCACGCUCAUAAGGUUACACGCAUUUGCAUUUCAUCGGUACUUGGGGGAUUAGCAUCAGCUGAUGCCAGAACUGGAUGGUUCGAAGAUACCUUAGUUAGCUUUUGAAGAGUUUUUUUUUCUCCUUGCUUUAACUGUGAAGUGACGGACUAUGUCAAGUUAGGAUGGUCGUGCUGAUCGUGUUUGACAGCUUUUUGAGUCUGUUGUGCGGCAUCAAAAGCAUUGUUUUUCUGUGUUUCUUUUGCCUGUUGCAUUUUUUGCUCUCAAGUUUUCAAAGUUGUCGUUGCGAUUCGUUGAACAUCUCGUCUUGUUUUGGCCUUGUGACAAUGUGAACUGAUGGUUAUCACCCGCCCUCGUGGGCAAAAGCAAUACAACAGCUCCAAUAAACUGGAUGUUUGCAAAGAAA